GAGAACAGCAAGAAGUUUAGAUUCUUCGGAAGUGAAGGGAAGAAACACCGCGACAAGCUCGACCUGAACGCAGCACGCGAGUUCAUGCAGUUUGCCGUUCACUUGCGAAAGUUCUACUUCGACUUGCUCUACCCCCCGGGAGCCAAUGGCCGGAGGCGAGCCCUUCUUCGAUGGGGGAUGCUCCACGUGCAGUCCAUGGGCGUCAGAGGUGCACCGUACAGGCUUUGGUCAUCACUGGUUCCUCCGAUUGUGGUCAUCUCAGCGCCGAUUGGCGACCUGCUGCACAAGCACCCGGCCUUCAGUCUUCAGGUCACGGAAGCCAGCGCAGUUUUCUCCGCCGCUCCAAAGGAGGGUCCGGAGCUGCGUUCCUUUCUCGCCUUCGACCGGAAGCGAAUGAGCCCCGAGAAGUUCGAGAAAGCGGGCCAGGACAAGAUGCGGCCCGUGUUUCAGCUGCGUGCGGCCAGACUGCAUCGCAAAGACAUGACCGACGAGGAGGUUCGAAACUCGCCGUGGGGCAAGAAAGGCAUCAGAUCCAUUCCAGCACCUUGGAAUACCUGCGUCUGUGUCGAGCCCUUCCAAGCCAACAUUUGCAAGGCGUUCGUCCUGCGCGUCCGGGAUUUCCUCCUCUCGUACUUGAGCGUUCCGAAACUGGACCCGGCGAAAAUUACGAAGAAGGCCUUUCCGCAUGCUGGCGAUCUGGAG